CACUGCGCGCUGCUCUGUGCACUGGAGGGAAGAGGAAGAGGGAGGAGGCAGUUGACGGCUCAUAUCAACAAGUUGCAAGACGCCGCGGUCGCCGCCGUGACCCGUUCGCACCCGUUUGCCUGUCAGAGCUUGUCAGAUGAGGUGACCACAUGCAUGUGUGAACGACGAGCCGGUGCAGAGAGGAUAACGAGGAAGUCCAGUCGAAUUGAGAGCUCUACAUCAUUUAUUUAUUGUACUUGGAUCUGCUGCCUGGCGAAGAAGUUGAACAAUCUAUAGAGAUGGACCAGACACGUGAGAGCUUGAAGCACUAUCGUCCAGCCGUUAUAUCCCGUCCCUCGACUUUUACCAAAACAAGAAGUGCUUGGCCUACCGUAUCUGCACCACCGACCUUAUCAAGCAGAGCAUCGAGACACCGGCGCUCCCACUAUGGCCAUCAGAGUGCAUUUCUUGACCAACACUACACGGACACUUCGACUGCCUUCGAUUUUCGAACGUAUCAUCUUCAACGUCAGUUCUCAGAAGACAGUGGAUUUUCCAGCUGUGGCUCAAGUGCUUCUAGUGUCGCUGAUGAUUUAGAAACCUUUUCCGGGUCAACUUCUUAUGGCACUACAACAUCUCACUGGCCGAAGCAGUCUUAUAGAUGGAACAGUGCCUCCUCGCUAGAAGCCUUUUCCGGGUCAUCUUCAUAUGGCACUGUAACAUCCCACUAUUCUAAGCAGUCGUACAGGUGGAACAGUGCCUCCUCGCGGAACUGUAGAUUGCAAUCUAGCACAGUAGCUUCAGUAUUAGCUGCAGGUGUUUCUGAUUCUGAAGAGACAGACUACUGUGAAUCUGACGAUGAGGUUUCAGAUGGAGUUUUUAGUCACCUUGCGAUUACUAGGAAUGAUUUAAAGGAGUCCAAACUUUCAUCAACUGAAACCUGUAUAGUAUCAAGUGUGACACAAUUCUUAGAGAAUCUUACAGAGAAAAAGGACUCAUUGCAACUAAAACAUUGUGGACGAAAUAUUCUGGAUUUGGGUACAAAUGUCACUUCUCAUUUUCCAUUAAAACCCACAGAACUCCCAGAGAAAAAUUUGCCAUUAUACCUACAAAAUCGGUCACAAUACCAUCGAUUAGGAAAAUUUGGUGCUGUUGAAACAUUGUGCUUUGCCAACUGCAAGAAACAAUGUGGGUUUGCCUUUCCAGUCCCACCAAAUGAAAGUGAUUUUAACUGCGAGAAGAAAAGUGUGAUAUGAUUUUAAACAUUGUGUGAUAAUUUUGACAAAGUCUGUGAUAUAUUCAUUAGCCUUGUAACUAACAUCAAAUAAACAAAAGGUACCAUUAAA